CGUCCACGGCUCGACCUCUCCAACAAGCACAGUCCCUCAAAACCACCUUCACCGCGGGAAUUUAGUCCCCUUUUGUGUGUGUGUGUGUGCUUCUUCGACCCCCCCCCCCCCCCCCCAUCCCCGUUUCCCAUGCCUGUAUUUCUGUCUGGCUUUUCUCAGGGGUGUAGAUGAAUAUUGAAAGAACAGAGGUGUACGUCGCAGCCAUUUAUUUUUUUUUUUUCCCCUCCUGCUCCUGAAUCACGCGCAAAACUGCAACACGGCCUUAGGGCCGGUGUCGUCCGAGGGAACUGUAGUCUGUGGCCCAGCCGCCACGCUGAAGUCGUUGUAUGUUUAAUCCACUUCUCAAUAAGCCAUCCCACUAAAGAAAACCUCCUGUAAAAAAAACAAAACAAAAAAAAAAACCUUCUGCUGUUGGAGAAUGUAUAAUGUACUUGUUUGAAUAGUUAUUCCUAUUAUUUUUGCAAUUGCAUACGGCAGACAUGAUGAUCAAAAUGUUCCGAUGGCCAAAGUGUCUGCUUUAACCUGCCGCGUUAACGCAAUACCACGGAUUCUGAAUGACCCAAUACAGUUGCCAUGGCAUCCCAGGAUGGGGCUCCAUCAGAUGUGUUGAUACCGUUUUUGUUUUUGUGUUCCCGGCAAUAAUUUGAAAUAGUUUCUUAACCCUCCAUUGUGUUGGGCUGGCUUCCUUCUGUUCUGUAGGCAGCUGCUUUCCUGAUCUUGUUUGCUAGUUUGUUUUUUGUUUUUUUUGUAUUCUGGAGUUGAGGAAUUCUCCAUCACCGCCCUGUCAACGCCUUGGUAGUGUUUACAAAAUAAUGGCACCAGCAAGGUAAAGGCUUUUUAUAACCCAUGCUCCGGAUAGGUAAAUAAGCUUUGUUUGUGAAUUACGUAUAUGAAUCCUACGACGACUGUAGCUUAUAGUAUAUCCUUUAGAGGCCAGUGGUAAAGAUAGACCUUCACAAAUUAUUGACGUAACAACAUGUGUGGUUGCAUAGGUCUUAUGUACUCCCUUAAAAGAUCUCCCUUUUAAAACUUAGCAACACGUGUACUGACUCUUCCAAAAACCUUUUCUGUAAUCUAAUAUAAGUUUGCAAAUUAAAAUAUAGAUUGUUUUAAUAAUUUUGUAUCUAUUUUUGUUCCGUUUUUUUUUGUUCUGCCUGUAAACUGAAUAUUUCUGCUUUUUAAUACCCUCAACUUAUUUGAGACACGUGGUUCUUUUAAAAGGGGCCAAUGGAUGAAGACUAGUUGAGUGUGCUGGUGAAGGUUUGGGGAGGCGUCUGCUUGUCGGAGAGCUCUGGGAAACCUGUUAGACACUCGAGCGGAUAGCUAGGUGAGAACAAUUGAUUAUAUGCUUCUUUUACUCGGAUUAUACUGAUGUCUGCUUUCAAUUUCAAUAUACGGACGGAGUUACAAGGGCACUUGCUGUCUAUAGGACUGACUGCCCUUUUUAAAAGGUUCCCAAAUGUUUUUGCCAUGGAGAAUCAGUGAGGGCCAAAAUGGAGAUCACGCUGCGGGGCAGUGAAUACGUUUAGUUCAGUGUCGGGCACCUGCUUAAUAAGUCUGGUCCUAACACGUAAGCUCUUUUACUUUCUAAAGUGUCUCUCUUCAAAAGGUGAGGUUCACAUUUAUUUAGUUUAAACAGGCAUGCAUAUGUACAUUGAAAGAGUUAUUAUUUAUAGUGGCUGCACGACAUCUCCUGAAGCAGUUUAACUGUAAAUGAUGGGGGACAAAACACACUAAGUUCUUUUGUAAAAAAAUCAAAAUCAGCUCAAGCUAAUAUUGCGCAGCGUUCGUCUGAGUUGGUGGAAACAAUACGUGGGCGUCAUUCAGCUUUCAUCAGCUGUGGCAGAAGGAUACUGACACAAAGCAGCGAUUUGGUAUUCUGAAGAUCUAACUCACUUUAAAGGGUAUUGUUUUCACCUUGAGUGUCUCGAGUUGUCAUGGCAAAAUGUGGUCCUGGAGACACCUCCUUCAGCAGGAAGUACCACUGAAGAGGGUUUGGGUAGAAGUAGGAGGGGGGGGCAUGGAUUUGUGAAAGGGCCAUUGUCCGCCUACUUUAUGCUCCUGGCUUGAUUUGGCCUCUGCUGGUGUGACGCUCUCAUUUAACUCCUCAAGCUUGAGCUGAACCUGAGUAUAGUUUUUUUUUUACAGACCUAGGACAGCGGACUUCCAUCACUUUCACUGAACUUUGUGUCCAGUUGGGACCGGAGGAGACCUGCAUGUCAGACAUACAACACCUGAGCAAGUAAUCAAAGUACUUUGUAGCCAUUUCCGCGCUGUUUACUUUUUAACUUAAUGAAAUAGGUUACAGAUUACUAGUUAACCAGUUCAAAUGUAACUAUUUUAAUUACUUCAUGAAAGUAUUGAAACUUAUUCCAACCCUGUCUCGUGUCUUCAAACCAAAGCCUUUGUUUCGAUCCCAGCGACACACCUGUGUAUUGUGACUGCAUCUUGCACAGGUUGCGAUACUGUUGACAAAUAUAAACAUAACUCAAAAUUGAAAAGGACAUUUAUUUUGUAAUGUAACGCUGAUACAUGCUACACAAUAUUAAAAGGUGAAACCAGCGGCCUGUAAUAAUGCUUUCAAUGCACAUGCUGGCAUGGCUUUUUUUUUAAUGAGAUAUUGACUAUUUCAACCAUCGUUAUCUCCUUUUUCACAGAGUAUUUUAUGUAAAUGAUCAUUUAUUAUAAUUUAUUUCGCUGACACAAACACCAUCUGGUGAAGGGGGGAGGGAGGGGGGGGGGGAGCAUUCUAAUGUAUUUUGAGUCGCUCUGUAGGUUUCCGUGUCAAUCGCAAAAGUGAUCGCUUUCCCCAAAACGUGAGCUCUGCGUCUGACAUCCAUCGCCGGCUCCGUUGCUCGACGUCAACGUCCCACUGCUAAUGUCACCUGCCCUCAACAUGGAUAUCGGAGGACUGACCACAGUGGUAGCUAAUUCCGCUUACAUCAAUGCUCGUGGAAGCAUCGAUGGCUCCAAUACCGCAGCGGCUCGAGAUAAGAAGUACCAUUCUCGCCUCAAGCUGCCUCACAUCACUGUGUGCGAGGACCUGAGGGACACCCUGGAGGUGGCCUUCGACGCGGUCUGCGUGGAACAGCCAAUUGGCAAACGCCUCUUUAAGGAAUUCUUGGAUUCGAAUGCAGAGUAUCACGGGGCUUGCCGUUUGUGGAAAGACGUCGAGGGAUACGACCUGGCGGAGGACUCCGACAGGGCCAAGAAGGCCUCAAAGAUUGUCGAGCGUUACAUGGACCCCUCCGCCAAACACUACUGCCCGUUCCUGUCCGAGGACGUCGUCGCCAAGGUGAAGGAAAGCCAGCAGGCCGCGGGCGAUGAUUUGUUUGCUGCAGCGUUGGCCUCGACGUUGGACUUUCUGCGCGAGGCCCCCUACACGUUGUUCCUGGAGAGCUUGUAUAUAAAGAGGUAUCUGCAGUGGAAGUGGCUCGAGAUGCAGCCCAUGGAUGCAGACUGGUUCCUAGACUUCCGCGUGCUGGGGAAAGGAGGGUUUGGGGAGGUGUCUGCCUGUCAGAUGAAAGCCACAGGGAAAUUGUAUGCCUGUAAGAAACUCAACAAGAAGAGGCUAAAGAAGAGGAAAGGCUACGAGGGGGCGAUGGUGGAGAAGAGGAUCCUUGAGAAGGUUCACAGUCGCUUCAUUGUGUCAUUGGCGUACGCCUUUCAGACAAAAGACGAACUUUGUCUGGUCAUGACCAUCAUGAACGGAGGGGAUCUCAAGUACCACGUCUACCUGGUGGAUGAGAACAACCCGGGCUUUGAGGAGCCGAGAGCCUGUUUCUACAUCGCUCAGAUCAUCCAAGGCUUGGAGCACCUCCACCAGAAAAGGAUAAUCUACAGGGACCUCAAACCAGAGAAUGUGCUCCUAGAUAACGACGGAAAUGUGCGUAUAUCUGACCUGGGUCUUGCUGUGGAGCUAAAAGAAGGCAAAACACAGACCAAAGGAUAUGCUGGGACACCAGGCUACAUGGCUCCGGAGAUGCUCAAAGGAGAGAAGUACGACACCUCCGUUGACUACUUCACUCUGGGAGUGACACUGUUUGAGUUCAUCGCCGCUAAGAACCCAUUCAGAAACCGAGGGGAGAAGGUGGACCGCGAUGAGAUGAAAGAGCGUAUGCUCACCCGGGUGGUGACCUACCCGGACAACUUCAACGAGCAUUCAAAGUCUCUGUGUGAUGGGCUGCUGGCUAAGGAGGUGGAGAAGCGGUUGGGCUUUAAGAACGGAUGCUGCGAUGAGCUCAGAGCGCACCCAUUUUUCAGUGACAUCAACUGGAGGAAACUGAAUGCAGGUAUCCUGCCUCCUCCUUUCGUGCCCGACCCUAAAGUGGUGUACGCCAAAAGUCUGGAUGACGUCGGGGCGUUCUCCUCGGUGAAGGGAGUGGGCUUGGAGGAAUCCGACAAGACCAUCUGUGACGAGUUCUCCUCGGGCAACAUCCCGAUCCCCUGGCAAGAGGAGAUGAUCGAAACAGGCAUUUAUGGAGAGCUCAACAUUUGGGGUCCUCGCGGCAGCGUCCCGAACGACCUGCGCAGAGAGUCGAUACUCGAGCAGCCAAAGUCCUCGACCUGCUGCACAUCGUAGAGUCGUAGAAACACCUUGAAAAUACACAGACGUGUGCAGCGUGAAGACUCAAAUACUCUUCUGAACUUUCUGAUUGCAGAGUUUAAACACGACUCUAAACUUUUAUUGGUAAGCGCAGGACAACAACAACAACAACAACAACAACAAGGUGGAUUUUCAACCUGGAGUGGACUUAAAAGUAGAUUUAGCUGUAGAACAUCUAUUUAAAUUAUUUUUAAUGCUUUUAGAUUUUAAAUGCAUUUCAAGAAUCUAUAUAAUAAAUUAUAUCUAAACUGUUGAGUGAUGUUGAGCCCAUUUUAAACAUGUAAAUUGCAUAUGUGCUCCUAUAGAGUGUAUUCCAUUUAAAUUAAUGGAAAGUGCUUUUUACUUUGAGUUUAUUAGUUUUUACUAUAAACAGCUAAAUUAACUUCUGCUGUUGAAAUACCAAAAGCUGCAGCACCAGAUGUUUCAUAAUUGACGACUUAUUAUGAGGCACAUCUGAAUAUAGGGAAAUAUUUACAGCAAAUCAUUUUUAUUUUAAAAACACAUUGUUGAGCAAAAGUUUAAUACAUUCAGAAAUCAACUGUAUGAAAAAGUGCUGGUAAAUAAAAGAGCUUAUUGAAAUGGAAA